UUAACCAAAGGAAACUAAAUGGUACCUAUGAACGAUAUUUGAAACAGGAAACAUUACGUGUUAUUUAUCCAUAUUUUGUUUUAAGUGGCAUUAGUCUUAUAUGGGCAAUAAUUAUUGGAUUUGUUAAAUUUCCUACACUACAAACAACAAAACAAGCGACAGUCACAACAAAUAGUGGAGAGAGCAAUAAUACGAAUAAUAAAAAAUUAUGUCGUCCGUACUUUUUCCUUUCUGUAUUAGCACAAUUUAUGUAUAUUGGUGCACAAGUUUGUACAUGGAGUUAUUUCAUUCAAUAUGCACAAGAUUAUACUCGAAUGAAAGAAAAAUCGGCGGGAUAUUGGCUUACGGGGACAUUGGUAAUGUUUGGUGUGGGACGAUUUAGUUCAGCUUAUCUGAUGCAACAUUGGAUAAAAGCUCAAUUACUCAUGGGUAUCUAUAGUAUAAUCAAUAUGGUAUUGUUAGCCAUAGCAAUAUUAGCUCGGGGAUGGGUUGGUCUAAUUUCUUUAUUUUGUACAAGUUUCUUUAUGUCACUCAUGUUUCCAACAAUAUUUGCAUUGGGUUUAAAAGAUUUAGGAGAAAAACAAACAAAAUUAGCUGGAUCCCUAUUAGUAAUGGCUAUUGUCGGUGGAGCAGUAUUGACACCAUUUAUGGGUUUUAUGUCAGAAUUAAUAAAAUCAUUAGCUGUUGCCUAUUUCGUUCCUCUAUUGGCUUACGGAUUUGUAGCGUUAUUUUCAUUUAUUAACCUUUUAAAAAUAAAUUGA